UACGGUGCCGCGACGAUGUCUCGUCUCCGUGGUUCGUCGUCGACGAAGGAAGGUUCGAAGGUAACCUCGUCGUACCCCAAGGAGCGCAGCCACGAGGAGCAAGAGGAUCAUUCGUCCAAGUCGUACAAGAACAGCUCGAACCGAUACCAUUUUGGCAUGACGAGGCAACAGAACGACGAGGUGAGCAAGAACGGACGGGACUAUAAGGAGCACGCGAACGUGGACGCGGACUUGUUGUAUAAAAAGAGCAAGGAGCACUUUGGCGCCUGGGACAUCAAGGACAUCGUGCCGAGCGGCGGCAGUGUCGGAUUAAGGAAACAGACGGAUCGAUUCGAGGGCCCUCGAUUGACGAACGGCCGAUCAUCGAGGAACGAUUCCGGCAGGCAAGAUCGCUACGACGAUCACGAGGACGCGUCGUCGCGGGACGAUCGCGGCAGGACGGGAUCCAUCGAUCGGGAACAGGCUGGAACGAAUCGAUCGAGGAAGAAGGAGAGCUGGGAAAGCCCGGACGGCUGGAAAGCAGCGUCCAAGUUGGGUCGAACCAAGAGCGACGGUAAGGACGAGGCUCAGAGAGGCGACGAGCGGGAUCAGUUGCUGAAAGAGAUCGAGAACCUGGCGAUCGUCGAUGGCAGAUCCCCCGAUCGAAGGAUCAAAGCGAUGAUAGAACGAUUCAAAUCUCGGGAAGAGGAUAAAUCAAAGUCGAGGAAGGAACGCGUCUCGCUCAGCCCCGAGAAGGAGGAGUACAGGUCGAAAAGCGGAGGUCGAGGCGAAGUUCGAACGGAUCAUAUCGCGGAAGCUAACGAUCGGGACAGAGGCAGAGCCCAGAAGGACGAUCGGGAAGACGAGCGGAGGUCUGCCAGGUCUAAGCUGCGAGAAGCCGAGAAAUACGAGCAGGAAGAGACGAGCCGAAGUCGCUCCGUAGAUCGGAGGACGGAGAAAUCCAACGACGCUUUUACGGAGAAGAGAAACGACGCGUACGUUUCCGAGAGGAAUCACAGACGACCCAGAGAUGUGGAGGACGAUGUUCCUCGACGGAAAGAUAGCCCGAAGAGAAGGAGCUACGUCUACGACGGUAACCCGGAGGAUUUCGACGUGCGAAUACAGAGAUACGAGCGGGCUCUUCUGGAGCCGAGAAGAGAUGCCGAGUGCGUGAAACGAGUCCCGUUGAAAGAUUCGGACGUGGACCACGAUCGGCAGGUGACGAGGAAGAGUUCGUUCAAGUCGAGCGACGGGAAAAAGAGCCACUCCCGCGACAGAGAGUCCAGCCUGAGCAGAAAGACGUCGUUCAAGGAGCUAGAGAACGACUCGUACAGAAAGAAUUGCUCGAAAAGUCAGGACGUCGAGAAAAGAUACUUUGGCAGGGACCCGGAACACGUUCCGAGGAAGAGUUCGUCGUCGAAGGAGCAAAGCCUGGACGUAGGAAGGAAGAAUUCCUUCAAGGAGCAGAGCUCGGAUUACGGGAGAAUUUCGUCCAAGACUCGCGAGGACGAGGAGGAGAGGAAACGUUCGUUCAAAGGACAUACCGACGGAGUCAGUAGAAUCACUUUCAAAGAACACGACGCCGAUUCCGGCAGAAUCCAUUUGUACAAGGAUCCAGAGCCGGACGUCGGCAGAGUGAGCUUCAAAGAUCACUCGACCGACGUGGGACGUAAAAAUUCGUUGAAAGAGAAAAGCGUGGAAUUCGGCGGGAUCUCGUACAAGGAUCACGACGAAGCUUACAAACCCGGAGACAGCGAGCCGACCAAAGUGUCCUUUCGAAGCUUCGACGAGCCGAAAAGCAGACACUCGCCUAACGGGCGGUACGUGGAAUUCGGCAGCGUGUGUUUCCAGAGCCAAGACGAGUCGGCUCGCGCGAGUCCCGCGAACGAUCAGGACUACGAUCCUCAGGAGAGGAGAAGCUCGUUGAAGGGACGAGACUCGUCGAAGAGGCGGACCUCUCCUCGGAGCAAGAAUCACGAGGCUGCCGAUAAAAGAUCGGACAGACAUUCCAGACCGUUGACACCGCCGAAACGAGACGAGCCGGAGUGUCGGGAGGAUGGCAAGGACCGCGAGGAAUUCGAUAGCAAGUCCUGGCACGAGAGCAACCGGAUUUUCGCGGCCAAGUAUUUCCGAGAGAACAGCGCGUACCGCGCGAAUCCCGAGGGCCGUUCGGAGAUCGAUCGCGAUCCCUCGCCGGAAAUGGGAAUGCAGGAAUUCCGCGAUGGGAAAGAGCCGAGUGCGGGCGAGGGCAGCGAGAUCGAGGACGCGAAAGCGAGCAGCGCGAAAUCGGAAACGCACGGGUUCGGGAACGGUGACCAACAUCCUCGGGCAGAUCUAGAGAGCAGAUACGCGUCGACUCGCGAGAGAAACGGGGCGACGAUCAUCAGGAUUCGCACGAGUCCGGAGAUGCCUGUCGAGAGGAGACGUCGACGUCUCAGGCCUGCACAGGACUCGUACGCGGGAAGACGGAUGGAGGAGGAGGAGGAGGAAGAGGAUGAGGAGGAGGUGGUGGAGGAUGAUCAUCGACGGAGAGGGUCUCGCGGAGACGGCUGUAUACCAGGAAGAGGCGUUUCUACACCUUCGAGAAGAGUCUGGAAUUACCGCGAAGGGGGUGUCCUGAUCACGGACGUCGAGGAGGGCCAGCCCUGUUUGCAGUGCGGGGACGCGUGUUUGGGAUUCUCGCCGCACACGUGGAGAAAGAACUGCACCAGUUGCAAGUGCCCCCGUGAGGCGCACAAUGUGUGCCACGCGGAAUGGGUGUCGGUGAAGUCUCGUUUGGGCCUGAAAGGCGAAGAAUCUUCGUGGCCGGUCGCUUUCGACCCCAGGGAGAAGGGCCUCGCUUGGGCACCUCCUGGUCUACCAGCUCACAAGGUCGAGGAGUACUUCUCCAUGCUGCCGGUGAUCUCCGUGCCCAGACUAGGCACGCAUGGCGAGCGAUACAGGGACCGGCAGUUGGCGAUUCAGCUGCCUAAGCAGGACUUAUCCGUAGCUUAUUGUCGCCACUUGGAUUCCGAGCACUGGAGCAGCGCCGAUGACUUUAUGGCCGCGAGGAACGAGAUCGCGUUGGACAUCGGCAGCGUGCAGGAAGUGGCCGAGAGAGACCUCAAUUGCGGAGCCUGCCACACGCCCCUAAAGUACGGCAGCCUGGCCGUGUCGGCGACCAAAUUGGGCCUUCUGUAUCACCCUGCCUGUUUUCGGUGCACCGAGUGCAAGGAACUCCUCGUCGAUCUCGCUUAUUGCGUUCGCGACGACACCCUCUACUGCGAGAGGCAUUACGCCGAACAAUUGAAACCUAGGUGCGCCGCUUGCGACGAGUUGAUUUUCAGUGGAGAGUACGCGAGGGCGAUGAACAAGGACUGGCACAGUGGCCACUUCUGCUGCUGGCAGUGCGACGAGUCUUUGACCGGGCAACGCUACGUGCUCAGGGAUGAGCAUCCUUACUGCAUCAAGUGCUACGAGAGCGUUUUCGCGAAUGGCUGCGAGGAGUGCAACAAGAUCAUCGGUAUCGACUCCAAGGAUUUGUCGUACAAGGAUAAGCACUGGCACGAGGCCUGCUUCCUCUGCAACAGGUGCAGAGUGUCCUUGGUGGACAAACAGUUCGGUAGCAAGGUGGACAAGAUCUACUGCGGCAACUGCUACGACGCCCAGUUCGCCAGCCGCUGCGAUGGAUGCGGCGAGAUCUUCCGUGCUGGUACGAAGAAAAUGGAGUACAAGACCAGGCAGUGGCACGAGAAGUGCUUCUGCUGCGUGGUCUGCAAGAACCCGAUUGGAACCAAGAGCUUCAUCCCGCGCGAGCAGGAGAUUUAUUGCGCCACGUGCUACGAGGACAAGUUCGCCACGCGAUGCGUCAAGUGCAACAAGAUUAUCAACAGCGGCGGCGUGACGUACAAGAACGAGCCGUGGCACAGAGACUGCUUCACCUGCAGCAACUGCAAGACUUGCCUGGCUGGCCAGCGAUUCACGUCGCGCGACGAGAAGCCCUACUGCAGCGAGUGUUUCGGAGAACUGUUUGCUAAGAGAUGCACCGCCUGCUCCAAGCCGAUCACCGGCAUCGGCGGUACUCGCUUCAUCUCUUUCGAGGACAGGCAUUGGCAUAACGACUGUUUCAUCUGCGCGGGAUGCAAGGUCUCGUUGGUAGGUCGUGGCUUCAUCACCGACGAGGAAGACAUCAUCUGCCCCGACUGCGCCAAGUCGAAGGUGAUGUAAAGGGGUAGUGCAACAGCGGGCGAAGAAGAACGAAGGAGAAGAAGGGGAGAGGGAAAAGGAGCAAGGGAAGGAGAAUUAACGGGGGACUACGGUGUCCAGUUUGUACACGGAAAUAGCAAUAUCCUCGCGAACGCUUUCCUUUGGAAACGACUAGGAGCCUCCACUUCGAGAUAAAAAGGAGAAAAGAAAGAGAGAAAGCAGAAAGAGAAAGGAAAUCGAUCAACUUUAAAGCGAGCAACGGAGGAUAAUCGGAGAUCCUACAGCUCUAGGUCGCGGGGAAUACAACGAUGAAAGCUACCGCGUUUCUUAUCCCGUCGAUUAUAUUUUCGGAAAGAAGAAAAAUAUAUAUGUAUAUAUAAUAUAUAUAAAACAUAUUAUAUAGUAUAUAUAUAUAUUUUAUACGUAUACGUGUGCAUAGUCUGGAAACGCGGUACUUUUUAACGAAAAGCCGAGAACCAUCUCGGUAAUGUCUGACCGGGAUGGUGGUGAAAAUUUUUCUCGAAGCGGAGAACGCGAGCAGACACGGGGGUACUUCCUAGCUUCGUAGUGUUUAGCGGCCAUUUUAGUCACUCGCGAUUCCGAUUCCGAUUUCUCCCGCGCGUGGCGCUACCGUCGUUGGAACGGCCGAUAGCAGGGUUACAGGGGCAUGGCGAGAAAUAUCGCGGAAGAGAAACGCGUCGGAGAAAGGGAUGGACGAUGCCUUGAAAAGUCCAAGAAUCAAAACGCCUUAACGUAUAGUUAUACUGUCGUCGAGUUACUGAACCGUGUUGAUUAGAAAUCGAACGAAGCUACGUACUGUCGUGGCGUUAUCAACGUUGUUCUAUUCUUUUCUCGCUUAGUACGACAAAGAACCGGGCGACGAGGAUCAACGCGAGGAAUUAAGAGCAAAGGGACGAGAAAAAAACAAAAACAAAAAAAAAAAAAAAAAAAAAGUAGAAAAAAAAAAGAUAGGAAGAAGAGAUGGAUCCUAUAUAUUCUUACGGAACUAAAUUUGAUAUACCUACGAGAAUGUUAUUUUUAUUUAACUUAAACUCACACGUACACACACGAACACGAGCGCGCGCGAACAGUCACACACGUACACACCAACGCGAAGCCCAACACGCGCGAAAACUGCACCCUUUUCUCUCUCUCCCUCUCUCUCGCUCUAUCUCUAUCUAUAUCUCUGCGAUACUGUACAGUAACACUCGUGCAAAAUUCGAGUUUAACGAACGACUAAUUCAAACGACGGGGCUCGGGUGCACAGUUGCUGGAGAAAUGAAAAAUCUUUCACGUUCCCACGGCGCACGCGAUAAUUCGGGGAUUUCAAUUUUGUAUCCACCCCGACGAUCACGCACCAAAAUUCUGUACCUCCCCUACACGUUUCCCGGGACAACUAGAACUUUCCACGCGAGCCCGCAAGUAGCGACAUAUACUCGCGAGUACGCGAACGGAAAUGAAGGAGUAACGAAAUGCGAUCGAGCCUCUUUUCGCGAGCGAAACGAUCCUCCUAUCUCGCGUACUCGCGGUACACGUCCGCCAGCAUUUUUGCAUUAACCACGCCGAUGUGGACAAGAUGAUGAAACGCGAAUAUUGAAGAAAAAAAAAAAAAAGAAAAAAAGGGAAAAAAAA